AUGGCUACACCCCGAGUAACUGGGGACACCGGUAGCAGCCCGGAAGACAACAUCCAGGAAAUCAUCCACGCCUCGGCCAACCACGACAUACGGGCACUACAAAGGUAUAUCGACCAAUAUUCCUUUCCGGACUGCAAAGUUGUCGACGUCCAAGAUCCGCUCACCGGGUUCUCACCUCUACAUGCCGCGAUAUCCACCUGCGCUACAUAUGUCAAUGGAGGAUCUAGCCCUUCCUCUCACAGUGAAGAGAGCGGAACUCGAUUUCUCAAGUUCUUGCUCGAGAACGGCGCGAUCUGGAACCAGCUAGACAAGAACGAUGAGACUCCAGGCUGCGUUGCCUACCGUUUGGGCUUGCACGAUCUCUACCAAAUCAUGGUUGAUGCAGGAGUCCGUGCCGAGAUGGUUCUCAACCGCCUGGAAGGGUACGAGAGAUUGCGUGACGACGAAGACGGCGAAGAAAUUGACGGAGCCGAAGAGUCGCAGGGUCAGGACAGCUCGGAGGCGAACGCUUCGCAGGAACAUGUCACUAGCUCUGUCUACCUCUCUUCAGCGCUAUCACUCGGCGACAAUAGACUCUUGGAUGAACAACAAAACGGUGUCAUGAUGGCCUGGGAAAGCGACAUUAUGCUUCAGUCAGCCAACGCCCUGCUAGCAGAGCCAGGACUGAAGAUCUUGAACAUCGGUUUUGGAAUGGGCAUCAUCGACAACCACAUCCAAGCACAUGUCAACCGCCUGGCCAGUCACCAUAUUGUGGAAGCUCACCCAGAUGUCCUCGGUAGCAUGGAGAGGAAUGGAUGGAUGGAGAAGCCCAAUGUGGUCGUGCACAGAGGAAAAUGGCAGAACAUUCUUCCGCAGCUCAUCACAGAAGGCGAGACCUUCGACGCCAUCUACUUCGACACCUUCGCCGAGUCAUAUAGCGCCUUUCGCGACUUCUUCUCGGAGCAGGUGAUCGGCCUUCUGAAUCAGCACGGGCGGUGGUCUUUUUUCAAUGGGAUGGGUGCCGAUAGACAGAUUAGCUACGACGUGUACCAGAAGGUUGUCGAGUUUGAUUUGUAUGAAUCCGACUUCGACGUGGAGUGGGAGACCGUUGAGCUCCCCAAUCUCUCGCGGGAGUGGGAGGGCGUUCGCCGAAAAUACUGGAACAUCGACCGCUACCGACUACCAAUUUGCAAAUUUAUGGAUUGA